AUGAAGUUGGUGAAAGAAGACCCGACAGCUGCCCUCUCGUUUCUGAGCAAGACUGAUGAUGACAUAGAAUAUGAUACGAUAACUGACCCCAUGAGAACCUCCAUAAAUGAGAGCGACACGACAGAAGGAGAUUUUGUCAGUGAGACAGGCGUCAUUGGUGUUGCACCUAUUUGUAGUGGAACUGACACUACGGUUUCAGCUGGGGUUGCCGAACUACAAGAAAAGGAAGGAAUGCAAAUGAACAGUUUCAAAGAAUUAAUCGCAUCAACAUCCUCAGUUGUUCCUGCUUUAUUGAGCGAUGUUUCUACAGAUUGUACAGUCACUGUGGCAGCCACGAAUUGUGUAAGCUCAGCAUCGGCUGUUUUGACAACUUCUUCUACAAGUGAUGGGAGCAAUAACAAUCAGAUGUCAAAAGGUUUAUAUUAUAUUUAG